GAUAGUCACAGGGCUCCUGCUCCCUCCAGCCAUGACUCCAGGAGUACUUCUCUUAACAGCCUUGGCCUUAUGUCACGGGUUCAACCUGGACACCGAAAACCCCGUGAUCUUUCAAGAGAAUGUGAGGAGCUUCGGGCAGAGCGUGGUCCAGAUUGAGGGGUCCCGGGUGGUGGUGGGAGCCCCCCAGGAGAUAAAGACGGCCAAUCAGACGGGAGGCCUCUACCAGUGUGACUACAGCACGUCGGCCUGUGAGCCCCUCCAGCUGCAGGUGCCCCCGGAGGCCGUGAACAUGUCCCUGGGUCUGUCUCUGGCAUUUGCCACCAACCCUUUCCGGCUGCUGGCCUGCGGCCCCACCCUACACCAAACGUGCAAGGAGAACACCUAUGUGAACGGCUUCUGCUUCCUGUUUGGAUCCAACCUGCGGCAGCCGCCCCAGAGGUUCCCAAAGGCCCUCAGAGAGUGCCCUCAGCAGGAGAGCGACAUCGCCUUCUUGAUUGAUGGCUCUGGCAGCAUAAACCCAAACGACUUUCUGCGGAUGAAGGAUUUCAUCUCAACUGUGAUGAAUCAGUUCACAAAGUCCAAAACCUUGUUCUCUUUGAUGCAGUACUCUGACGAGUUCCGGACGCAUUUCACCUUCCAAGAUUUCGCGGCCAACCCUGACCCAAGGCUACUGGUGGGGCCAAUCACACAGCUGAAGGGGCGGACACACACAGCCACAGGAAUCCGCAAAGUAGUAAGAGAACUGUUUAACAGCAACAGCGGAGCCCGGAAGAAUGCCCUUAAGAUCCUAGUUGUCAUCACAGACGGAAAAAAGUAUGACGAUCCCUUGGAGUACCGGGAUGUCAUCCCCGAGGCAGACAGAGAGGGCGUCAUUCGCUACGUCAUUGGGGUGGGCGAUGCCUUCACUAGCAGGGAUUCCCGGGAAGAGCUGGAAACCAUUGCGUCCAAGCCGCCUCGCGACCACGUGUUCCAGGUGACCAACUUCGAAGCUCUGAAGACCAUUCAGAACCAGCUUCAGGAAAAGAUCUUUGCGAUUGAAGGUACUCAGUCAGGAAGUAGCAGCACCUUCGAGUAUGAGAUGUCUCAGGAAGGCUUCAGUGCUUCCAUAACCUCCAAUGGUCCCUUGCUGGGUGCUGUGGGGAGCUUUGACUGGGCUGGUGGAGCCUUCCUGCAUAUGUCAGAGGAUAAAGUCACCUUCAUCAACACAACCAGGGUAGAUGCAGACAUGAACAAUGCUUACUUGGGUUAUGCUUCCGAAGUCAUCUCGCGGGGCCGGGUGCAAACCCUGGCCUUGGGGGCUCCUCGAUACCAGCACACUGGCCUGGUGGCAAUGUUCAGACAGAGCGCUGGGGCCUGGGAGGCCAACGCGAUUAUCGAGGGCAGCCAGAUUGGCUCCUACUUCGGGGCCUCCCUCUGCUCCGUGGACGUGGACAGAGAUGGCAGCUCCGACCUGGUCCUCAUCGGGGCUCCCCAUUACUACGAGCCGACCCGGGGGGGCCAGGUGUCCGUGUGCCCCUUGCCCCGGGGGAGGGCCAGGUGGCAGUGCCGGGCCAUUCUCCGUGGGGAGCAGGGCCACCCCUGGGGCCGCUUUGGGGCAGCCCUGACCGCCAUGGGGGACGUGAAUGGGGACAAGCUGACGGACGUGGCCAUCGGGGCCCCGGGGGAGGAGGAGAACCGGGGUGCUGUGUACCUGUUCCACGGAACCUCGGAGCCGGGCAUCAGCCCCUCCCAUAGCCAGCGGAUUGCAGGCUCCCAGCUCUCCCCCAGGCUCCAGUAUUUCGGUCAGUCACUGAGUGGGGGCCAGGACCUCACGAUGGAUGGCCUGAUGGACCUGGCCGUAGGGGCGCAGGGGCACGCGCUGCUGCUCAGGUCCCAGCCUGUGCUGAGGGUUGAGGCCACCAUGACCUUCACGCCCACGGAAUUGGCGAGGAGUGUGUUUGAGUGUCGGGAAAAUACGGUGAAAGGCCAACCUGCUGGGGAGGUCAGAGUCUGCCUCCGUGUGCAGAAGAGCACAGCGGACCGGCUGAGACCAGGAGAGGUCCGGAGCACUGUCACCUAUGACCUGGCUCUAGACUCCACGCGCUCAAGUCCCCGCGCCGUUUUUGACGAGACGAAGAACAGCACACGCAGACAGACACGGGUCUUGGGGCUGAGUAAGACGUGUGAGACACUGAGGCUACACUUACCGGACUGUGUAGAGGACUCAGUGACCCCCAUUGUCCUGCGCCUCAACUUCUCUCUGGAGGGGCAGCCCCUGUCCGCCUUCGGGAACCUGCGACCCGUGCUGGCUGUGGAUGCCCAGACUCUCUUCACAGCCGCGUUUCCCUUUGAGAGGAAUUGCGGCAAUGACAGCGUCUGCCAGGAUGACCUCAGCAUCAGCUUCAGUUUCACCAACCUGCACACCCUGGUGGUGGGCGGUCUCCGGAACUUCAACGUGACGCUGACCGUGAGGAACCAGGGCGAGGACUCCUACGGGACCCGGGUCGCCUUCUUCUACCCGCCUGGCUUGUCCUAUCGGACGGUGUCAGGGGUGCAGUCCCCGCAGUCAUGGCGAUCCUGGCGCGUGUCCUGUGAUCCCGGCCCCUCCACCCAAACCAGGACCUUGCAGAGUGGCAGCUGCACCAUAAACCACCCCAUCUUCCCAAGCAACUCAGAGGUCACCUUUAACAUCACGUUGGACGUGGACCCUGAUGCUUCCCUUGGAGAGAGACUGCUCCUCAAGGCCAAUGUGACCAGUGAGAACAACUUGCCGAGAACCAACCAAACGGAGUUCCAGCUGGCGCUGCCCGUGAAGUACACGGUCUACAUGGUGGUCGCCAGCCGUGAGGUCUCCACCAAAUAUCUCAACUUCACAGCUUCAAAGAAGACCAGCCAUGUUAUAAACCAUCAGUAUCAGUUCAGCAACCUGGGGCAGAGGAGCCCCCCCAUCAGUGUGGUCCUCUGGAUCCCCAUCCGGCUGAACCAGGUGACCGUGUGGGGCGACCCAGACGUCGUCUUCUCCCCGAACCUGAACAGGACAUGCCGCCAGGAGGAGAGGGUGCCCCCUCGCUCCAGCUUCCUGGCUGAGCUGAGCAAGGCUCCGGUGCUGAGCUGCUCUGUCGCCGUGUGCCUGAGAAUCCAGUGCGACAUUGCUUCCUUCGGCAGCCAGGAGGAGUUCGGCGUCACCCUCACCAGCAACCUCUCCUUUGACUGGUACAUCAAGACUCCGCACAACCACCUGCAGGUGGUGAGCACAGCGGAGAUCCUGUUUGAUGCCCGGAGGUUUGCCCUGCCCUCAGGACAGGAGGCGUUGGUGAGGGCCCAGACAGAGACCAAGGUGGAGCCAUAUGAGGUGUACGACCCGGUCCCGCUCAUCGUGGGCAGCUCCGUGGGGGGGCUGGUCCUCCUCGCCCUCAUCACAGCCGCUCUGUACAAGCUCGGCUUCUUCAAGCGGCGGUACAAGGACAUGAUGAGUGACGCCGCUCCUGAAGCUGCCCCACCCCAGUAGCUGCUCCUGCCCGCUGCGUGGCGUCUCCUGCAGCCAGCAGGACUCUGACGAACGCACAGGUGGCUACACAGGCACGUCUGUCCGUCUGUCUGUCCGUCCAGAGACUGGUGCUGAUGUCUCACUCAGAAAAGACCUGCUUGGGUUUCCCUUCCCAUUCAUGUUUGCGUGCGAGUGUGUGUGAGUGUGUGGGUUGUGUGUCUCGGAUGUCUCUUGCAUGCGGGCCAGAAGCUUUGGCAAACCCUCAGGCACAGGGAGUACUCCAGCCGCUCGCCGUUCAGCCUUCCUCCAGAACAGAGUGAUGGCAGCUCCUGCGGGAGGACCUGAAGGGGAGGCAACAGACGCCGUCCCCUCGGAAGGAAGUGAGGCCGCCCUCCGCGGGCGAGCGCGCACCUGCAGAAGCCUGGACAGCCACGGCCCAGGCCGCCUGGGAGCCAUGCUAAGGCCCGGACCGGGUCAGCCACAGCGUCCUGCCAAACCCACUCCACACCAGAGCUAAAAGCGUCCAGUAGGCAAUGACACACCUCCCUUUACCUAUAGUUAUUUACUACUUUAAUGUUACUUUUAUUCUUUGAAUUGAUCAACCUGUUCAUAGUAUAAGUCUAAAGUCUCCCUUCCAGCCUCAUCGCCCCAGCCAUUUAAGUCACUUCUGAAGGGCAGUCAAAUCGAUGUGUUUUCCGGUCCCCUUCCCAAAGACGAUGCAAACACACACCAACA